CCAGGGGUCCUUCAGGUAGGAGGUCCUGAGUGACUUUGGUCGUCCGCACAGUUUCGGUGCAGGUCGUACUUAACCCAGGCCUUGCGCUUUUGCCCUUCUCCUCCUCCCCGGUUUGAGGCCUCUGCCGCAACCAUGCUGCGCAUGAUUUUCAGCCAGGCUAAGAAGCAUCCGAGCUUGAUUCCCCUCUUCGUCUUUAUUGGAGCUGGAGGUACCGGCGCAGCGCUGUAUGUCACCCGCCUGGCCUUGUUCAAUCCUGAUGUCAGUUGGGACAGAAAGAAUAACCCAGAGCCCUGGAACAAACUGGGUCCAAAUGAUCAAUACAAGUUUUUUGCAGUGAAUGUUGAUUACAGCAAACUGAAGAAAGAAGGUCCAGACUUCUAAACAAAAUGUUUCACUUGUAAAGCUGCUUAAAAUGAAGGUCUUCCAGAAGCCAUCGCACAAUUUUUCACUGAACUAGGAAAUACUUCCCCUCUAAAUGCAUGUAAACAUGUUGAUGUAUUAUGUUGGGGAUUACAAUGAUUAAUAAA